AUGGCUAGAAAGAUCUCUACCAAUGAAAUAUCACAGCACUCUUGCGAAGACGAUAUCUGGAUUGUGGUCAACGGCAAGGUGUACAAUGUCACAGAGUUUGCAUCAGAGCACCCUGGCGGCGCAGAGAUCAUCUACCAGUUUGGAGGCCGGGACGCAUCCAAAGUGUACAACAGCACCCAUUCGCCGUCCCUGAUCAACGAUAUCAGUGACCGCCUGGUUGGAGAGCUGGAUACGAGUACCAUCCCGGAAGAUUGGAACAAGGAAGAAAAAUCGCCCAAAUCAGCAACUUCAGCAAAUCAAGUAUAUCAGAAACCUCCUCUACAAGACAUCAUCAAUCUGGACGAUUUUGAACAGGUUGCUAUGAACACGCUCAGUCCGAAGUCAUGGGCUUAUAGCAGCGGUGCCGCUAACGACAAUUUUACACGAGAUGCCAAUCGCAAAAUUUUCCGCGAUAUCUGGUUUCGUCCGGCGAUUAUGCGUAAUGUCUCUCAAGUUGUCACUCGAUCAAACCUUUUCGGAUGUGAUCUCGAUAUCCCAGUCUACGUGUCACCUGUCGGUGCCGCAAUGAUGGUUUGCGAGGAAGGUGAAUUACCUCUCGCUAGAGGCACUGGGGCUUCGGGAAUCGCACAAUGCAUUUCUACCCCGGCAUCAUAUCCGCUGUCAGAAAUUCUCCAUGUAACCCCAAAGCAGGCCUUUUACCAGCUCUAUAUCAACAAGGAUCGACCAAAGACAGAAGCCCUGGUGCGACAAGCUACAGACUCGGGCAAGGUCAAGGCAAUAUUUGUCACUGCUGACUUACCAGUCAUGUCGAAGAGAGAGGCGGAUGAGCGCCUCAAAGCAGAAGAGAAUGCUGCUAUGGUCAACGUCACCCAGGACACCAAAUCUGCAGGCAAAAAGAGCGCGGGAUUCGCCAAGUCCAACAGCUCCUUCAUCGACUCAACCCUCAACUGGAAUGAUUUGAAAUGGUUGAGAAGUAUCACCAGGCUACCGAUUCUCGUCAAGGGCAUUCAGCGCGUUGAAGAUGCCCGCAUUGCAAUGCAAGUGGGAUUCGACGGUAUCAUUGUGAGUAAUCAUGGUGGUCGCGCAGCCGACACUGCGCCGCCAGCGAUACUCAUACUUCUGGAAAUUCACCGUUAUUGCCCUGAGAUCUUUGGAAAGAUGAAAGUGCUUGUCGAUGGAGGUUUCCGUCGUGGCUCAGACGUUGUCAAGGCCAUUUGCCUGGGUGCAUCAGCAGUGGGCCUUGGCAGAUCAUUUCAUUACUCAAUCAACUACGGCCAGCAAGGCGUAGAGCAUGCAGUCAAUAUACUCAAAGAGGAAAUCGAGACAGCCAUGCAACUAGUCGGGAUGACGGAUUUGAUGCGCGAUGCGGGCCCGACAUACAUCAAUACAAGUGGUAGCAACAUGAGUUAUACUGCUUCUAGAGCCUUUUUUGAGGCACUUUGGGAUGAGCAGGCUGGGGUCUCCCAUGUAUUUGUGAAUUUGGGAUCUGACCACCCAGCCAUCAUGGAAGCUAUUGUCUAUAGCAAAACACACAAGAAGGGCCAGUGUCCUGAAAUUGUUACUUGUCCACAUGAGAUGGUCGCCCUAUCUAUGGCAGAUGGUUUUGCUCGUUUGACAGGCAAGCCGCAGGCCGUUAUUGUCCAUGUUGAUGUUGGAACACAAGCUUUGGGAUGUGCUGUUCAUAACGCUUCUGCAGCCUAUUGCCCUGUCCUCAUUUUUGCAGGUCUAUCGCCAUACACUAUCGAUGACGAGCUGCGAGGAUCCCGAACCGAGUACGUUCACUGGCUUCAAGAUGCCAAAGACCAACGGCAGAUCGUGUCCCAGUACUGUCGGUACACUGGAGAAAUCAGGACUGGUAGAAACAUCAAGCAGAUGGUCAACCGAGCUCUACAGUUUGCAACCAGUGACCCACCUGGUCCAGUGUAUCUGACUGCGGGCCGGGAGGUCUUGGAAGAGGAGAUCGAGCCAUAUCAGAUCGAUCAAUCGCAAUGGGUUGCUGUCGCACCUGCGUCUCUGCCACAGGAAGGAGUCAAGAGCGUUGCUGAACUGCUUGUGUUUGCAAAAAAUCCCUUGGUUAUCGUGGGACACACAGGCCGUAAACACACAGCCCUUCCUGAGUUGGUUAAACUGGCUGAUGCGGUUCCCGGGCUCAGGGUUCUGGAUUGUCUUGGCAGUGAUGUUUGCUUUCCUUUCUCUCAUCGGGCAUCCUUGGGACUUGGAAUCGGUACACACGAGGCUAUCCCAAAGGCUGAUGUGAUUCUUGUGGUUCACGCUGCUGUUCCUUGGAUCCCCGUUCUUUGCCGGCCGUCGGCUGACGCCAAGAUUGUCCAUAUCGACAUCGAUCCUCUGAAAGAGAACCUGUCUCUCUUUUACAUCUUAUCGCAACAAACCUUCCGUGCCGAUGCUACUAUUGCCUCCAAGCAGCUCCAUACUGAGAUUACUUCUAACAACGUAUUCUCCCGCAUUUUGGCAUCCGGAGAAUAUACUCAACGUGGUGCAGCACUCGAGAAAGCACACGAGGAGCGUCUAGCUGCCCUUGCUGCCGCUGCUGCGACUCCAGAAGACAUGAAAGCGCCAUUGAACAGUCAUUACCUUGGUCGUUUUCUUCGAGAAUGUCUCCCGUCAGACACUAUCUGGUGUUUAGAGACCGUGACCAAUGCAAUGCCCAUUACGAACCAGCUCCAGGUCGAUACCCCUGGACAUCUUGUGAAUUGCGGUGCAGGCGGCUUGGGUUGGUCUGGCGGUGCGACACUUGGUGUCAAGAAGGCGACUGAUUAUCUAGCGGGUGGAACAAACAAGGGCAAGUUUGUCUGCGAAAUCGUGGGUGAUGGAACAUACAUGUUUGGCUCUCCAGCAACUGUCUACUGGAUUGCGCGUCGAUAUGAACUCGCGACACUCACGAUCGUUCUGAGCAACAAAGGAUGGAAUGCGCCUCGUAAUUCACUUGAACUUGUUCAUCCCAAUGGUCUUGGAUCUAAAGUCAACAACGUGGACUUGAACAUCUCCUUUACUCCCACACCAGAUUUUCCUGGCAUUGCCAAAGCAGCUGCAGGCAAUCAUGCCUGGGCUGGUGUUGCUGCUAAUGCUGAACAACUAGGAUGUCUAUUGCCACAGGCCAUUGAGAGUGUCAAGAAUGGAAUUCUGGCAGUAUUGGAAGUCCGUCUCGGAACUUCCUGGCAAGCGAGCGAGACGGAAUCUCGGUUGUAG